AUGCAAUGAAUAUCCAAACGUCAAGGCAAACUAAAAAUAGUCCAUAUGCAUUAGUAUUUGGACAAAACCCUUUGCGUCAUUUUGCAUUGUUAAAAGAAAUUAAAGACCAACAUAUUAAUUUGGAAGAUGAGUUACCUGAGAAUUGGUUCGAAUCAUCCGAGCCUCAAGAUGAUUUUGAUCGACAAGAAGUUGUAGAAUCGCUUUUAGGAGCCGCAGCAUUAAAUGUAGAGUUAAGUGAAAGUAUAAAUGAAAGGUCAGGCGAGAAGUUGAUAACUGAAAAAGAAAAUGUAGUGAUAAAUAUAUCUGAUGAAGAAAGUGUUUCAGAAAAUGAAGCGGUUCGUAGAAGUUUACCUGAAGAUGAAUUAGUUGGUAGAAUUUUAUCUGAAGAUGAAACAUUUGGUAGAAGGUCACCUGAAAAUGUUUUUGAUGUUCGUCCAAGCAAAAGGUAUAAACCUUCAGUUUUGACAACUACUGCUACAAGUAUCAACACUCAGUCUUCUUUAGACAAUCAUGGCCCUAAACGUACUCUUUGGAAUAGGAAUAACAUUCAAAAAACAUCAGCUCACGAAAUUUAUCGAAGUGUUGCUACAAAGUCUCUCGAACAAUAUCAGAAUAAUAUGAAAUCACAACUUAAUAAGC